AUGCAUCGGCUCGACGUCGCACCUGGACAUACCUCUAACAACCUUAUAUGCGCGAAUUGCCAAUCAGGAUUUGAACGCAUUUUCCUCGGUGCGUUGUGGAACCUCAUAUGUAGUCUCUAUGAUAUGAAGAACCUCGUUGAGGGCAGACAUGUGAUCAUCUACUAUUUUGGUCAUUUGCUGCUGACUGGGACUCGAAAGUUUCUCUCUGGGCUGGAGCCGAUCACCAUGAUAGCUGAACCUAUACCCCUAGCGCUUCAAGUUUCCGUUCUCUCCCUUGAAAACACUCCCAGCUCUCUCUUGGCUCUCUCGAAUCAAGCUCUGCUUCGUCCUAUAACAGCCGACCGAGCAUGA